AUGACUCUGCUCGUGACUUGCGUGACUACCCCUGACGAAAUGCAGCAAGCAAUGGCUCUGCGCCGCAAAGUGUUUAUCGAUGAGCAGGGAAUACGUGAAGCUGUCGAGACGGAGGAUCCUCACGACAACGAGGCGAGCACGAUCCAUUUCGUGGGUAAAGACUCGGACACAGGCGAGUACGUGGCCGUAGCUCGCUGUUUGCUGGACGAUCAGAAUCGCAAGGCGAAGUUCGGUCGCGUGGCAGUGCUGGUAGAAAGUCGUGGCAGGACUUUUGGGACACAGCUCAUGAAUGCCAUCGAGCAGCACGUGCGCGACCGCGUCGACCAGUUUGUUCUGUCUUCGCAGUAUGGACGGAAAGCGUUCUACGAAAAGUGCGGCUACAGCUGCACGAGCGACGAGGUGUACUUGGAAGAGGGCAUUAAGCACUGCUCCAUGGUCAAGUCAGCUGUGAAGUCGGACUAG